AUGGGGCAACUGCUGGUUCUGCUGCUGGCGGAGCUGAACGAGGUGAAGCGUAGCAGCCGAGAGAUCGGCAACACGGUCGAGAGCCUCAAGCGGAAGAGGGACCAGCUGGACCACAAGCUCGAGGUCAUGCAGCGCACGCAGGCCUCACAACUGCGGCACCUCGCCCUGGCCCAGCAGCGGAGCAUGCACCAGCUCGAAUCCAUGCUCGCCCAGCUCGCCCCAAGCCAGUUGACGCUCCUGCAAGACGGACCGAUGCCCCAUGCGCCACUGCCGAUGCCACAGCCGAUGCCACUGCCGAUGCCGCCGCCCAUGCUCACCUUUCCGCCGCCUCCACUGCCGUACUCCCAGGGCAUGGGCUCGGUGGUCCGGCGCAACAACUCGUUCCCGGCUUCGGUCCUGCAAGUGCUGCCAUUCCUCCCCAGCUACGACUUCAGCAAGGAGCCCUGCGUCAUCGAGGACCUGGGGCAGAUGCUGGUGGUGGCUAGCCUGAACGAACCGGAAUGCUUCGACGACAUCGAACCAUCGAUGGUCUUCUACGCCUCUCCGUCUCUGUGUUCGCUGCUCGGGUACCAGCAGGGCGAGCUCAUCGGCCGCAGCACGGCCGACAUCUGCGAAGGCACGUUCGACGUCAUGGUGAGCAUCCUUGCUCACCUCCUGUGCGGCUCGCCGACGCCGGUCGGAUCCCGGUACACGAUCGAGGGCCGCUAUCUCGCCAAAGCCCCUGGCCAACCGUUCAACGUGCGAAGCCGACACCAGACCCUCUACGGCCCGUCUGGCACGGCGCAAUGGAUGCUCUCGGUGAUCGAAGAGGUGCUGCCGCCGGACCCGACUCUCCCGCCAGCGGUGCCCUACAGCCAUCUGCUCUCCGAUCCGUUGCCCUGUGAAUUGGGCAUGACCAGUGUGCUUGCCAUUGUCAUCAUCAUGAUCUCCACCAUUACUGUAAGCCACUGCAUUGUUGUAGUGGCCACCAGACUCCCCCACCCACUGCUUUUCUUGUGCUUUUUGUCUUGCUUCUUCCUCUUGUUCAAGUCAACCCAUUCAGUUCUUGUGAAAAAUUGGUCCAAAAACCUGGACCCUAAAACCAAGCGCUGA